AUGUCUCUGGCUGUCAUUGUUGGCGCUACUGGCACCCAAGGUGGCUCAGUUGCUCGGGUCCUGGCCAAAGAUCUCUCAUGGAAAGUACGAGGUCUUACUCGCGACGCAUCUAGCGCCAAGGCCAAAGCACUUGAGGCUAUAGGGGUUGAAGUGGUUGCUGCCGAUCUGAAUGAUGUCGGGUCCCUACAGGCAGCCUUCAACGGCGCUACUGCCAUCUUCGCAGUGUCUGAUUUCUGGACUCCCGUAUUCCAGAGUGGCAUCGACACGGCACAGAAGGUAGAGCUUCAGCACCUCAUCAACAUUGCGGACUCAGCUGCCCAAAUCCCGACCCUCAAACACCUGGUCCUCAGCGUUCUGCCAUCCUGCGACAAACUCUCAGGGGGGAAGCUGCCAUGCCCGCAUUGGGAUGCCAAGGCCAGGGGUACCGAUUAUGUCAAGACAUCGCUACCGCAGCUAGCAGCGAAGACGACGUUUGUAUGGGCAGGAUUCUAUUUGGAUAACUUUGCCAAUCAGCCCUCAAUGCAACCCCAACCAUUCUUGGGCAACUACAUUAUGGCCCAAGCUUCAAAGGCUGACGCGAUUGCUCCUUGCGGCGGAAUUGUGGCGACGAACACUGGCAUUGUGGUCCAGGCAAUUCUAUCCCAGCCAGAGAAAACGUAUGGGAAGUACGUACCCAUUAUCACCGACCUUAUCUCCUGGACCCAGCUCGCGGAGGAAUGGAGCAAAGCUACUGGAAAGACGGCAGUGUAUGCCGAGUUGACCGAUUCAGAGGCGGCCAAGGUAUAUGGCCCCCUAUUUGGACCAGAGAUAGCCAGCCAGCUGCGGUUUAGCGAGCAGUACCCGGAUUGGAACAAGUUCUACCCCGAGGAGACUGUCACCUUGGAGGAGCUCGGCGUCAAAGACAAGGUUGUUGGUGUUGCCCAAGGUUUUGAGUUGCUCAAGGACCAGAUCGUUCCUAGAUCGUGA